UGAUAAGAUACUGCUAUUUUUUUGCCGAAAAAAUUUGAUAACGAUAUUUUUUAUUAAAUGGUAAAUGAUGCAGAUUGGCAUCAUUUGGUGUAGUGACAUGAUGGCGCACCAAUGGGUCCUCACAUUGGUGUUGAUCGCCACAAUUCAGGGUGUGUUUCCCCUGAGUCCUAUACCGGUUCCUGAUCAGGAAUGGGAACAAUUCAACGAGUUGUUGAGGAAUCCAGCAUACAGGCUUCCCGGAACAACAGUCCCGAGACACUAUGAGCUCUUCUUGAGUCCAAACUUCGACACAGGAGACGAUAGAGCUUUUACCUUUGAAGGACUUGUUAAAAUCUACAUUCAAGCAAAAGCCGAAUCUUUGAAUGAAAUCGUCAUGCAUUGCAAUGAUCUCAAUAUAAAUAGUGCCUCUGUUCAGUACACAAACAGUAGUGAUAAUGUGAUUUAUCAGAUUCAGUCACCCGAGCAAGACUUGAAUUGCACAGAGCCUUACAGUUUCUUAACAAUAUCUACAUCAGAAGUUCUGCAACUCGACGUGGAAUACGAAGUGAUCAUGGAAUUCACUGGUCGCCUUCAAAGUAACAUGAGAGGGUUUUACAGAAGUUGGUAUAAUGACGACACUGGUAGGAGAUGGAUGGCCACAACCCAAUUCCAGCCGAGUCACGCUAGGCAAGCGUUCCCUUGCUACGAUGAACCUGGUUUCAAAGCAACCUUUGACAUCACUAUCAGUAGGGAACCUGACUUCAGCCCAACGAUUUCCAAUAUGCCAAUACAGUAUACUACAAACAACACUGACGAAGGUCGCGUUUCUGAAACUUUCUACACAACGCCGUCAACAUCUACGUAUCUGCUGGCGUUUAUAGUAUCUCACUAUGACAGAAUUGAAAACAAAGAUGAUGACGGCAGGCCAUUUGCAGUAUAUGCUAGAAACAAUGCGGGUAGUACUGGUGCUUGGGCUCAAGAUGUUGGUAUUAGGCUACUUAGAGCGAUGGAAGAUUACACGCAAAUACCUUAUUAUACAAUGGCCAGUAACAUGGACAUGAAACAGGCUGCCAUCCCUGAUUUUUCAGCUGGUGCUAUGGAAAACUGGGGCCUUCUUACCUACAGGGAAGCUUUAAUUCUCUACGACCCCCUAAACUCGAAUCAUUUCUACAAACAACGUGUUGCCAACAUCGUGUCCCACGAAAUCGCCCACAUGUGGUUUGGUAAUCUAGUCACUUGCGCCUGGUGGGACAACCUGUGGUUAAAUGAAGGUUUCGCUAGAUUCUAUCAAUAUUAUUUGACUGCCAAGGUUGCACCCGAGUUGGAUUACGAAACACGUUUUGUAAGUGAGCAGUUUUUCCAAGCUAUGACUGCAGACUCGGUGGAUAGCGCACAUGCACUAACAAAUCCUAGUGUCAACAGUCCAUCAACUGUUAGUGCACAUUUUUCAGCAAUCACUUACGCCAGAGGAGCAUGCAUUUUGAGAAUGACUCAGCAUCUACUGUCUGAGGCAACUUAUGUUAAAGGUCUUCGAAGCUAUUUGAACGAUAGAAAAUUUGAUGUAGCUGAACCGCAUCAUUUAUUUGAAGCAUUAGAUGCUGCUGCGGCAAAUGACAGUGCCUUAGCUGACUACGAUGGUAUAACUAUAGAUCGAUACUUUAGAUCCUGGUCAGAAAAAGCAGGACACCCUUUGUUGACCGUUACCAUUGACCAAGAAACUGGAUUAAUGACAGUAAAGCAGUCUCGCUGGGAACGAACAAAUGGAACUUCUCAAUAUCCCUCUUUGUGGGAUAUUCCUAUCACUUGGACUAGAGGAAGUGUAGCAGUAAUCGACUUCAAUAAUCUGAAACCUUCUCAGAUUAUAACAAGUGAAACAACAGUUAUCGACCGAGGGUCCACGCAACUGCAAUGGGUUAUAUUCAAUAAGCAAGCAUCAGGUUUCUAUAGAGUGAACUACGAUCGAACCAACUGGGUUCUCCUCACAAGAGCUCUAAGAUCUAACGUUAAUGACAUUCAUGAAUACAAUCGUGCGCAGAUUAUCGACGACACGUCCAAUUUUGGUAGAGCGAAUGUAAUGAGUUACGAAACAGUGUUCAAUAUUAUUUCAUUCCUUGAGUUUGAUGAUAAAUACGCACCAUGGAUGGCCGCCAUUGAUGCAUUUAACUUCCUUAUUAGAAGGCUGGCUCAUGAUGAAACAAACUUAAAUCGUUUACAGAACUUGAUCAUCGACUGGAGUAAAUCAGUAACUGAGCGUUUAGGAUUCAUAGAUAACGAAGACGAUCCAUUUAUGGAUGGUUUAUUAAGGAUGAAUGUUAUGCAAUUCCUCUGUAAUAUUGGACAUGAAGAUUGCGUAAGAGUUGGCAGAAAUACAUUUGCGGCAUGGAAAGAAAACCAAACACACGUGCCCGCUAAUAUGCGUCCAUGGGUCUAUUGCGUUGGUCUCCGCGAAGGUGGAGCUGCUGAUUUUGAAUACUUUUGGAACCAGUAUUUAGUUGAAGAUCUAGCCAGUGAACAAGUGGUUAUGAUUCAAGCUGCGGGUUGCACUACUGACAAAAAUAGCCUAGAAGAGUUCUUAAAUGCAAUUGUAAAUGAAUCAGAAAUCGUAAGACCCCAAGAUCGUAACACGGCUCUCAAUUCAGCAGUCUCACGAAACGAAAUCAAUACGCAAAUAGUUUUUGAAUGGCUUAAGAAUAAUAUUCAGAGGGUAAUUAAUAUUUUUGGCAGCGUCCAGACUCCUCUCAGCUAUAUUGCACCUCGCCUCCUAACUGAAGCUGAUAUUAAUGAGUUUGAAACGUGGUUGCAACAGAACCGAGAAAUAAUUGGUGACGCAUCAUUUACAACCGGCACAAAUGGAGUGGCCAAUGCCAGAAGUAAUCUUGCGUGGUCAGAGCAGCGGACUCCUGAACUCGUAGAAUUUUUCGAAAAUGGCUACGUGGAAGAAGAAAUAGAUGAGCCUUCUGCUAAUACUACUACUACAGAAGAGCCCUCUACUAAUAAUACUACUACAGCAGAACCUAUUACAGAAGAGCCCCCUACUAAUAAUACUACUACAGCAGAACCUAUUACAGAAGAGCCCCCUACUAAUAAUACUACUACAGAAGAGCCCCCUACUAAUAAUACUACUACAGAAGAACCCAUUACAGAAGCACCCUCUACUAACCCACCUACUACAGAGGAACCUAUUACAGAAGCACCCUCUACUCACCCACCUACUACUGAACCCGCUACUAAUGAGCCAACAACAGAAGUACCCACUACAGUUGAAGAUGACGAUGGUGGUGCGGCAACCAUAGCUUUGAGUUUUGCAGCCCUUACAGCUUCAAUAGCAAUUACAUUUCUUAACUAACUUAUGUAUUUAAUAAAUAAUUUAUUGAGAGUAAA